CCCGCCCCCGCUGCCAUGUUGGAUUGUGCGGCAGCCGCCGCCGCCGCCGCCGCCGGAGGACUGGAGGAGUAGCGAGUUUAGCGCAGCCGCCGGAGUGCGAGGACAACGACCAUCCGGCCCGAGCCGAGCCGAGCCGAGCCGGGCGGGAGCCGGGAGCUUCCCUGUCUGCACGCGGUCCGCGGGCGCCCGCCGUCAGCUCCUUCCCUCGGCCUCCGCGCGCUGGAGGAGCGGCGGGAUGCUGCGCCUGUGACUGCCCGCCCCGCGCCCCUGUCACCCCGAGUGGGACCCAGUGCUCGCCCACCUCCGGAGGAGACAGCCCUGGACGCUCCACCCCACCGGCGGCACCAUGAGCUCGGGCCAGCAGCCUCCGCGGAGAGUCACCAACGUCGGCUCCCUGCUGCUCACCCCGCAGGAGAACGAGUCGCUCUUCUCCUUCCUCGGCAAGAAAUGUGUGACUAUGUCUUCGGCAGUGGUGCAGUUGUAUGCAGCCGAUCGGAACUGUAUGUGGUCAAAGAAGUGCAGUGGCGUUGCUUGUCUUGUUAAGGACAAUCCUCAGAGAUCUUAUUUUUUAAGAAUAUUUGACAUUAAGGAUGGGAAAUUACUGUGGGAACAAGAGCUAUACAAUAACUUUGUAUAUAAUAGUCCUAGAGGAUAUUUUCAUACCUUUGCUGGAGAUACUUGUCAAGUUGCUCUUAAUUUUGCCAAUGAAGAAGAAGCAAAAAAGUUCCGAAAAGCAGUUACAGACCUGUUGGGCCGACGACAGCGGAAGUCUGAAAAAAGACGAGAUGCUCCAAAUGGUCCCAAUCUACCCAUGGCUACAGUUGACAUAAAAAAUCCAGAAAUUACAACAAAUAGGUUUUAUGGUUCACAAGUCAACAACAUCUCCCACACCAAAGAAAAGAAGAAAGGAAAAGCUAAAAAGAAGAGGCUAACCAAGGCAGAUAUUGGAACACCAAGUAACUUCCAGCACAUUGGACAUGUUGGAUGGGAUCCAAAUACGGGGUUUGAUCUUAAUAAUUUGGAUCCAGAAUUGAAGAAUCUUUUUGAUAUGUGUGGGAUCUCUGAAGCCCAACUUAAAGACAGAGAAACAUCAAAAGUUAUUUAUGACUUUAUUGAAAAGACAGGAGGUGUAGAAGCUGUUAAAAAUGAACUCCGAAGGCAAGCACCACCACCUCCUCCACCCUCAAGGGGUGGACCUCCUCCUCCUCCUCCCCCUCCUCAUAGCUCAGGCCCUCCUCCCCCGCCUGCCCGUGGAAGGGGGGCUCCUCCCCCCCCACCUUCCAGAGCUCCCACUGCUGCACCUCCACCGCCCCCUCCUUCCAGGCCGGGUGUUGUUGUUCCUCCGCCCCCUCCAAACAGGAUGUACCCCCCUCCACCACCAGCGCUGCCCUCCUCGGCACCUUCAGGCCCACCACCACCUCCACCUCUGUCUAUGGCAGGGUCCACAGCACCACCACCUCCCCCACCACCUCCGCCUCCCCCAGGGCCACCACCUCCCCCUGGCCUGCCUUCUGAUGGUGACCAUCAAGUUCCAGCUCCUUCAGGAAACAAAGCAGCUCUUUUGGAUCAAAUUAGAGAGGGUGCUCAGCUAAAAAAAGUGGAACAGAAUAGUCGGCCUGUGUCCUGCUCAGGAAGGGAUGCGCUUUUAGACCAGAUACGACAGGGCAUUCAACUGAAAUCUGUGUCAGAUGGCCAAGAGUCCGCGCCCCCGACACCUGCCCCCACUUCAGGAAUUGUGGGCGCACUGAUGGAAGUGAUGCAGAAAAGGAGCAAAGCCAUUCAUUCCUCAGAUGAAGAUGAAGAUGAUGAUGAUGAAGAAGAUUUUGAGGAUGAUGAUGAGUGGGAAGACUGAUCUAUAUAUUAUAUAUAUUUUUAAGGUGAAAUACUAAACACUACUUUCUGUCUAUGGAUCUGUAAAAUUAUCAUGUAAAUGUUCUACCAAUUUGCUGUAUAUUUUUGUUGCCUUGUUUUUGCUUUUUUUUUUAAAUUAAUCUGUGCAAUACCUCAUUUAAUCUGUAAAGGUUUGUUAUAAUCCUAUACAAAGCUACUCCCUGUUACUGUGUGCAAGUUUACAGCAGGAUGCUCACGUGACUUGUGAAUAUUUUCAUUCCAUCAGCAAGGGAGUUUAAUUAUGUGUGAGACUGACACAAACCUUAAUGUAAUUUACUUAGAAUGCCAGAAGGAGAACACUAUUUUCAUACCCUACUUUUUCUGUACCUAAAUUUUCUUAAUAAAAUUUAGCAUAGCACUACAUUCUUUUUCAAGUGAUGUAAACUUUAGUUUCUUUAGCCCCUUCAUUUUGAAUAUGAUGCCACAUAUGAAUGUUGAAGCUGAUACAUUGCACAAUUCUCUAGACAUCACUACACUGAUGCAGUUUUUCAAAUUCUAGCAAUAUGUUCUGCUUAAAAUCACUACAGAGACACUAAUGAAUAGAAACAGUAGCACACCUCUUCUGUAGUACUGCUUGCCACCGGUAAGCAGUGGCAUCUGCAGGCAGGAAUCCUGAUGAGCCCUCACAUACCUGUACUUGACCAAGAUUGCUUUUAUGUUAUGGCACAUGUGACAGGCUCUUCUCAGCAAAGAAUUGAACUCUUUUGGUAUGACUCCCAAAAAUAGUUUCAGUUAAUAUUUAUGGAGGUUGUUUCAUGCAUCAUAACCAAUUGUAGUCAUGCCCACAUUUGACUCAAAGUGUUAUCAAAACAAUGCUAAAAUGGUAUGAAGUUAUCUUUGUAUUUUGCAGAGUGUGUGCAUUGUUGUAUUCAGAAAUACGAAUUGUAAAUGUCAGAUUUUUUGGCAAAAGUAUGCACAAAUGCUAAACCUCACAUAUACUGUAUGUUUUUACUUAGAUAGUUUCUCCAGGUUUUUGUCAAAUAUCUGAUGAAAAGUUACAUAUUUCUUAAAAGAUUGAUGGUCCCAAUGGCAAAUUUCUUAGAACACAUAACUGAUUUGAUAGAUUUUUUUAAAAAAUAAAACUUUACAGCCUGCACACUUGUUAUGCAUACUAGAUGGUAUGAUAAAAUUAGAACUUCCUUGCCUCUUUACAGUACACUAAUCUGCCUAAAGGUGGCCGUUUCAUAUUUACAAUGAUAAUUAUCUUACCUACCUACUUUAAAUAAAUUUUAGGUAGACGGUUAUCUGAUUUAAAUACAGUCAUAUUUUUCUCACAUUGAGUUGUAUGCAGAAUGUAGCUUCAAAUGUAUUCAUUAUAGUCAUAAUAUCCAACUAAAAAUUAUGCUAUCUAGAAGUAUACCGACCAAAAUCUAGUAUUGACAUGAUCUUGACAGGCUGGACCUGCAAGAUAUGGCUUGAAUUUUAACCAGUUUAUCACAUAAUCUUUAGUGAUCAUGUAUCUAGUUAUUGUCAGGAAUAAUUUAAACGGUUUAGUUGCUGAAAGCAGUUAAGUGGUACAGUAAGAUAGUUAAGUUAUUCAAAGAGUGUUACCUUCCUUGCGAGAGUAAUUACAGCACAUUGGAGAGAUUCUCCGUUCUGUGUUUCUUGUAAAAAACAGUGCUGUCUGCUGCUAGGAGCCUUUUUCUGCUUACUGUCUUUUUCCUGUGGCUUGAGAUCUGUGAGACUGGGGUGGGUGAGGCUGGACAACCACUACCCGUAAAAUUAGGAGUUUGUCAAAUCGUGAUUAUGUUACAUAAAUAACAUCGGGCUUUUGUAUUCUUUUUCUUUUUGACAUAAAAAAACUAAAUUCCUAGAAAUGUCUUUUGAGAUAAUGCCAAUUCUGAUGUCCCAUACCUUUUGGCCAGGAAGUUUGGGAUUUAUCCAACUAACUUGGUAUUUGCCCAGGAGCUUGUCUAGAGACUUUCAGUUCUUUGAGUUGCGUAUACAUGGGGAGUAUGUUAUUUGCCAAAGAUAAUUGAAGUUCUUCUUUUUCAUACAGAAGAGGGGUUUUGUUUUUGUUUGCUUUUUAUUUUUUUGUGCUAAGUCUAAAUGACAAGAGCUGUGGAAUUCAGUCCAGGCAUGAAGACUAAAUCCACUCUGCCGAGGAAGGUAUCAGCUGUGCGUCUCAGUCCUCCACCAUCUUGCACUGUGGGUGGCACUACUUGUGCAUCGUCUGGAAGCCUCAUGGAUAUAUCCAGCUACGUGAUUGUCUGGUAGCCUUUGCAUUUAACAAACUAGCAUGAGGCCUUUUAUAUCUAAACGCUAUGUGAUAGACAAUUUCAGCUAGCCACAUAUUGUAUUAUGAAAUUCAUAAAGAUUUUCAAUCAUUCAAUUCCAUUUAUCAACUGAAAUUUUGUUUAGUAUGUGAAUUUUUUUUGAAAUGUAUAGUGAAUAGGAUGUUGCACUGGUGGCAAUUCAUCAUGGAGCAUAAUAAAAUUAAUUUGACCCAAA